CCAUAUCACUGUGAUAUCUGUGGUAAGUCAUUUUCUCAGGACAGUGGCUUAACUCAACACAAACGUAUUCAUACUGGAGAGAAACCAUAUUCCUGUGAUAUCUGUGGUACAUCAUUCUCUCAAAGCAGUGGCUUAACUACUCACAAAUGGGUUCAUACUGGAGAGAAACCAUAUCACUGUGAUAUCUGUGGUAAAUCAUUCUCUAAUGGCAGUAACUUAACUCAGCACAAAGGUAUUCAUACAGGGGAGAAACUAUAUCACUGUGAUAUCUGUGGUAAAUCAUUCUCUCGUUAUCAUAGCUUAGCUAUUCACAUACGUUCUCAUACAGUGGACAAGCCAUAUCACUGUGAUAUCUGUGGUAAAUCAUUCUAUCACAGUGGUAACUUAACUAUACAUAAACGUAUUCAUACAGGGGAGAAACCAUAUACCUGUGAUAUCUGUGGCAAAUCAUUCUGUCAAAGUGGUAACUUAACUAACCACAAACGUAUUCAUACAGGAGAGAAACCAUUUCAUUGUGAUAUCUGUGGUAAAUCAUUAUCUAGUGACAGUAGCUUAACCAAUCACAUACGUAUCCAUACAAAAGAGAAACCAUAUUCCUGUGAUAUCUGUGGAAGAUCAUUCUCUCAUAGCGGUAGGUCAACUACUCACAAAUGUGUUCAUACAGGUGAGAAACCAUAUCCCUGUGAUAUCUAUGGUAAGAUGUUCUCUGGAAACAGUCACUUAACUAUACACAAAUGCAUUCACACUCAAGAAAAAUCAAUUCACAGUGAUAUCUGUGGCAAAUCAUUUCUGAUUUAAACAGAAGUCUUUCCUUAUGAAGUGGGUCCAUAACACAGUGAUAUUUGUUGUAUAACAUUUCCUCAGAAGGACAAAGGACGUAUCUCAUAAAGACAUCCACAGAAUAUAGAAACUAUAUGAAUGUGACAUCUAUGGUAAAUCUUUGACAUGAAAUCAUCCAUUAUUGAAUCAAAAGAGCAUUGACAGAGGAAGGAAAACAUAUCACUGUGUUGUUAAACCUGAAUCAUUCUUUCAAAAUGGUGAAUUAAUUAUACACAGUCCUGUUAAUAUGAAGAAUAGCCAUACCCUAAGAUAUCUGUUAAUGAUCAAUUAUAACAUAAAUGAAUUCAAAUAAAAGAGGAACCAUAUCACUACGAUGAUGAUGAUCCUCAUCAUUUAACAUUCACUUUUACAUUCUUCUAUGGAUCAAAUUGAAUUCAUUGAUAGCUUCCCUGUUUCCAAGCAAGGAAAUAUUUUCCCUGGUGAGACAUAUUUUACACAGAAGACUGGAAAUGAACAACUAUACAAGUAUGACGGUCAUGAUGGCCAUUUACGGACACCACAUAAUAUCUGGAAAAGGGUGCACACACACACACUUAUGU